CGGCCUUCUUCUCGCUGGAACCACCGCCACUGCCACCACCUCCUCUCAAUUUCUCUCGUUCUCAGUCAUAGACACACUCAUAACAAGAUCGAUAACCUCAGAACUACGUAUUUGAGGGUCAAAAGACAAUUUGGCAUUCAGGUAUGAUGUUCUCGAGACAUGCCUAGGAAUUUUGAUUUAGUCAACUACUGAUACAUUACAUCCACAUCAUGGUGCAUGCAGCCAAAGGGAUAUUUAUUUCUUGUGACAUACCAAUGGCUCAAUUUAUAAUCAAUUACAACGCUUCGUUGCCGCAAUCACAGAAGUUUAUUAUACACAUCCUGGAUGGUACUCACCUGUUUGUGAGCAGCAAUGUGGAUGGAAUGAUAAGAAGUGCUAUUCAAGAGUUCAGGGAGAAAAAUACCUACGAGAAACCUGCUUGAUUCUUCUUUUUACCAUCAACUUUGCAAAAAGAUUAUAUACACAUCCUGGAUGAUAGUUAUAUGUUUGUGAUCUUCAAGUGCAACAAGAAAUGGUAAUGAUGCAUUUAUGCAUUUACUUGAUUAUGACAUCUAGUUUUUGAUUAAAAAAUAUACGGGUGUUGUGGGC